AUGACAUUCAAACUCAUCACAGUUCUCGCCACACUCUCCUUUCUCCCUCUACCGACCCUGUCCUUGAGUUACAAUGCCUACUCCUCUACGAAUACCUGCAGCGGCUCCUCAUUUGGGUGUAUCGAUAACGGUGGAGCAUGCUGCGGUGGCAUGCCCACUGGCUAUGGGUAUUCAACCCUUUUCAACAAUCUCCCUGGGGGGUCCCAGGGACAAGGAUACUCUAGCGGACCCCCGUGUACCAACUUUAUAUUUAACGUGUUUGCCAAAUGUUGGAAUAGUGGGGGAAGGAGCCGAGCCGCAUACCUUAACUGGUUCCAUUCUCCCGAAAGAAGGCGAGAUGAAGUGGGGGCAUCGGAUCCUCCACUGGAGGAACAAACUGCACAGGAUCGUUUGCGUACUUUGAGUACACUGACGACAAGAGAACCUAGAGGUGCACUAUGUCCUAUGACUCCAGAUACUGGUCCAUGCGACCACAACAACUUUGACGAAAGCUUGGACCUGGACCAAGAACUCCACCGAAGUACAGUCCAAGUACAGCAGCAAAGUGUUAUUGACCUUACGCAUCUUCGAGGAAUCACACCGAUGAAGGAGGGGACGGAUCCGCAGGUCCAGAGGGGAACUACCCAACCAGUCAAGGGUUGCGGAAGGGAGGUCGGAUCCGGAGCUGUACAAUAGAACACAAAACGGCUGAACAUGCAUGUAACAUGGCCAUACCAAUGAAGCCACCAACUCCAGUGUCCUGGGGUGGUCGCUCCCCAUAUAUCCAGCAGCGUCAUUCCUGGAAAAUUUUGCCCUGCUUUGUGAUCCACUUUUUUGUCGAUGGUAUUAAGGGGGUCAUGUAGCCAAACCACGCCAACUACUAAAUGGUUCUGCGACCCUGUCUCUAGGCGAGUGAUCUCUGGCCGCUUAUUCUGUCGUUUAAACAACGUGGUGACGUCGGCCGCCGGUUCUCUGCGAGAGGCAACCGGACAAAU